GCAAACCCAAAGUGGAGCUGAGCUACGAUAAGAUGUACACCGUGACGAGCCGGGUGACGUUCGCCGUCAGUAAGGAGGACGACGGCGUCCCAGUCAUCUGCAUCGUGGAACAUCCUGCGGUCAAGGACUUCCUGGCGCGCAAAUUCCUGGAGGUGCAAUACAAACCAGAGGUGAAGAUCGUGGUGGAAUUUCCUCAGGGUUUGACAAGAGAAGGAGAAAACCUGGAGCUGACGUGUCAAGCCAAAGGCAAACCAAAGCCGCAGCGGGUCAACUGGCUGAAGGUGGAUGACGACGUCCCGUCCCACGCAGUCAUCACCGGCGCCGAUCUCUACAUCGAGAAUCUGAACAAGUCAUACAACGGGACGUACCGGUGUGUGGCGUCCAACCCGCUGGGCGAGUCCUUCGAUGACUACGUCCUCUACGUCUACGAUGCUCCCACCACCACCCCUAAACCCACCACAGCCACCAUCACUACCACCUCCACCAUCACCACCUCCACCCCGAACCCUGCAGCCAGUCAAGACACUGUGCCCAGCGCUGAACCUGCAGCUCAUGACUCUCGAGCUGGAGAAGGCGCACCGAGGACGGUGGACCACGCCGUCAUCGGAGGAGUGGUGGCCGUGGUCGUCUUCGCCAUGCUCUGCCUGCUCAUCGUCUUGGGACGCUACUUUGCAAGACACAAAGGUAGCAGACCUGUUCAUACUCUGGAUCUCACUUACUAAAGUUUUAUUUGUUCU